UUUUUUUCCCCCCUACACUUUGCUUAUCCGAGACUGGAUUUGCUCGCUACUUUUAGUGCGCUCAGGUGUUUUUUUUCUCUAAGGAAGAAGUUUGUUGCUCUUUGUUCUGUAUUGGGGUCUGUGGAGCUCUUUGUUGGAGUGAAAGCAUGGGAGCGCAAUUCUCCAAGACAGCUGGCAAAGGAGAAACGGCUGCAGAAACACCUGGAGAGGCUGCAGCUUCACCCUCCAAAGCUAACGGACAGGAAAAUGGCCAUGUGAAGGUGAAUGGUGAUGCAUCUCCAGCGGCUGCUGAGGAGAAGGAAGAGGUUCAGGCUAACGGCAGUGCGGCAGCUGAGGAGGGAGAGAAGGCUGAGGCAGCUCUGGCUGAAAAGGAGGCUGUGGAGGGAGAUCAAGUAAACACAGAAGUGAGUGCACCCACUGAAGAGGAGGCCACAAAAGCAGAGAAAGGCGCAACUCCAUCCACAAGCAAUGAGACGCCCAAGAAGAAGAAGAAGCGCUUCUCUUUUAAGAAGUCCUUCAAGUUAAGUGGCUUCUCUCUUAAGAAAACCAAGAAGGAGACGGGGGAUGGAGAUGGCGGCGAGGAGGCCAAAACUGAGGCAGAUGAAGCUGUUGAAGGAGGUGCAUCAGAAGAGAAGGCAGAAUCCAAACCAGUAGAGGAGCCCAAGGCUGCCAGUCCUGCCCCUGCUGAGUCCAAAGAGGAGGAGAAACCCGCAGAGCCAGCAGCGGUGACAGAGCCUACUCCUUCUAAGAAUGAAGCACCUGUAGCAGAGGAAUCCGGUCCCGCUGUUCAAGAAGCAGAAUCCAGUCCAGAGGUCCACGCAGAAUCUGCCACAGAGUAACAUGCACAGUCCUGAUCAAAAGAUAAAGAGGGUGGGGGUGGGGGGACAAAAAAAAAAAAA